UGCACCGGCCUAUAAAUAAAGUAUAAGAGCAUAAACGCGGGCGCAUCGGCGCAUGCGCGCGGCAGUCAGUCGCGCGCCGCGACGCUGCACUAACUGCUGUUAAUCACUAAUGACAUACAAACACCGUAAAUUUUAAGCGUGGCAACAUAAAAAAGUUCGUUAAAAAGUUAUGUGUUUAUGUUACAAAAAAGCUUGUGUUUUGAUUACUAAUUAAUUGCCGAAAGUCUUCCCGAAAAAAUAAAAAUGUGCACAUAAUCGCUGUAAAAUUUUAGUGGAAAUCAUAAUAACUAAGGUUCACAUUUAAGUUUUACUUUAUUUUACAAUAUUCUCAACUAAGAAAAAAAAGCAAAGUGAUCAGUUGAAAUUUUCCAAUUUCGAAGUUGUUUCUUUACGUAUUUUUGGCCAGUACGAAGUCAAAAUGGCCAGUGUUUCGAUGUUUAUCUCUAAAUUUAGAAGUUUUGUGUCGUUCCGUGUAUAUGGCAUCCGUUUUUCCGGCCAGUGAGCUUGUGACUCAUGUGUUAUGGGUGCAAUAUGCUGGUUCCACGCCAAAUUGGUUAUCGAAGGCGAGCUCGAAACAGAAUGGCUGCAAGCCGCCGGCCUCGGUUCCCUGGCCGCGCCGUUCCAGGCCGGCCUCGAAGUCACCGAGGCCCAGCUGGGUGAGGCCGUGAGGCCGCUGCCCAGAGAACAAGCCGCUGCGGUUAGAAGACGAGUCCGAAGGCUGAAUAGGACCGUCCGGCGGCGGCGCGCGGCUUCCAGGGCCAGGAAACCCGAUAUUAGGGAUGUCUUCAGGGAUUUGGAGAACUCGAGUGGCAGCGAGCCGAGGUCCCGUAGCGCAACGCCCGACUCCUUGGACUCUUUGCCCAGUGGAGGCUCCGGCAGCCCCCCUGUAGAAUGGGCAGAUCACACACCUCCAGAUUUUGUCGACAGUUUCCCGCCGACCGGCACCCACUCUCCCCUGGCCCGCACGCCGUCCGCGCCCGCGGCGCCGAGACGGGCGCGUCUCUCUCCACCUGCCUUGGAACCUCCCGUACCCAUGCAUGAGCUGUUCAAGCCGAAUGACUUGCAUUGGGCUGAUAUAGCUACGAAUACUGAGGGCAUCGAGCUCCUCGGCUACCAAAGAUAUGGGACUGUCCAGGGUCCAAGAAUAGGCAAGGAGCGAAUCAACGGAUCAAUACUGAAGGACAACGACCCUUUCGUCAAGCACACUGUCGUGUCGCGGGCAAAAAGCGCGGCGUCCGUGCAGCAGCCACUCAGCUUCGAACACAAGUUUAACCUGGACCGGCAGAUGAUGGACCAUGAGGAGGAAUGGCCUGAAGACGGCAGCGUGGUGGACGUGGAAAGCAUCGGCGAGCCUCAGCUGAAGCGUCUGCCGCAACUGCUGCUGCUGGAGCUGACGGCACUCUUCGAUAAAUACUCGCUGCCCUUCCAGAAGAGGAAACCGCCUAAGAAGAAGAGGAAAGAAGAAGGCUCAGUAUUCGGAGUCUCCCUCGAAACUUUACUCCGCAAAGACAUGCUGCUAUGGGAAGAAACCUGGAGUUCCGUGCCCGGAGUUCUGCGGACGUUAGCCGGAACGCUGGCCAAGCGGGCGACAGAUGAGGGACUGCUGCGAGUAGCUGGGAAUAAGCACAAGAUCGAAGCGCUCUGCCAACUGAUAGAGCGUUCCUGGUACACGGAGAACCGUGGCGCAGUAGAGGCAGCCCUAGCUGGUGCAAGCAGCCACGACCUGGCAGCGGUUUUCAAACGGCUGCUGCGGGCGCUGCCGCAGCCUCCGCUCACGCAGGAGCUGAUGAGGCUCUUCUACCACACGUAUGCCCUGACGGGCGCCACGCGCGGGCGCGCGCUGAACCUGCUGGUGCUGCUGCUGCCGCCGCCGGCGCGCGCCACGCUGCGCUGCAUCCUGACGCUGGCGCGCGACAUCGUGGCGCACGCGCACACCAACAAGAUGAGCGCGCACAACGUCGCCAUGAUCAUCGCGCCGGCGCUCUUCCCGCCCAGCCUCCUGAUAAAGCAGUCAGACAGCCUGGAGACCCAGCUAGCUACGGCGGCGAACAGCUGCCACGUCACGGAAGCCCUCAUGCGCUGGUGCGAGCAGCUCUGGCUCAUCCCCGCUUCUAUCCUGGCGGCUUCUCAGCGAAAACCUUCGCCGCACCGCAGGAACCAUAUCUGACUCUAUCCUUUAAGGAUUAAGGUGCUUAAUCGUUUGCGUUAGCGAGCGUAGUGAUGUCACAAAUACGCACUUUAGUGAUCAUAGUUUCGACUAUGCCGGAAAACUAAAGGUGCUAAUUCAUUUGCGUAAGAUGUCAAAAUGGCGCGCCAAAACAAAAGACGCGCGAAAUCAAGAUGGCGGGUCAAAUUUGACGCUGUGCGUCAAAGAAAAAUCACGGUGCAUGUUUUGUAAGUUUGCAUGUUUUUUAAAGUAUUUUGGCCAAGAUUAUAAAUAACAUACUUGGUUAUAUUUAAAGUUGUAAGCAUGACCAAAUAUGUUUGGUUUUUUACUCCACUAUUUGUAUAAGUUUUUAAUGUUGACAUUAAAAUGCAAUAAAUUAGGUUGGUAGGGAUCAUUCGCACUCGUCAAGGAGUGCAUAUUGAACAAUUUUAUUAUAAUGAGUGAUAUGAUAUUUAAUGUUAACGCAUAUAUACUCCGUGUUAAUAAUGUUAACGCAUUUAGUGUGGUAUAUAAUUGUGAAUGGGAUGCCAAAUAUUCAUCUUGUUUUAGUGAAAUAACCAGUUUUAGUUAAUGUUAAAUUCCGUAAAAUCGUCCUCAUAUAAAAGAAAGUUUGCAUUAAAAGAUGUCAUUAGUUAUUCAAUUGUUUUAGGAAAGACGUGAAUUCAAGAAAAAAAUAUUAUGAAAUAUUUUUUUUUUAUUUCACAGUAGGACCUCGCUAAUCAGGACGGGAAAAUAACCGGUCGUUGGCGGAUUUUUGUUAUAAAAAAUCACUUACCGUGUCUUCGGGUAAUUAUUUCGGAACUUUUCGGAAUUCCGGAAGAAAAAACGAAAAAAACUGGCGGAUCAUUCCGAAAAAAUACUACACAGACAGACAACGAAGCAUGAGUGAUUUUCGAAUGAUUUUUCGAGAUUACUCAAUUUUCGAGAUUACCUAAUACAUUACAUUAAUAUUCUACUGACUAUAACUACUGUUCUGCUUUACAUUUUCGCACUUCCUUCCGAAGGCAAUCUAGGUCAUUUCACUAAGCCCGAGACUGUCCAGAUUAAAGCGAUCACCGGAUUAACAGAGUCCGAAUUAGCGAGGCUCUACUGCAUUACAAAUAUUUGGAUGUGUAUAAAAGUGUGUGGUGCCAUUUUUCGGCUCGUUUCGAAUUCCUAGUUACCGUUUUGGAUAAUUGAAAUUUACUAUUGGUUCUAUCACCGUGGUGCCUUGUAUUAAGUUUCCUUAGUGAUAGUGAGAACAUAGAAUACAUAAGUGACGCACUUAAUUACACUGGGUUAAAUGCAACUAUGGAAUUAUUGCGUUUAUUUCAGUUCAUUUGUUAAACGAGAAUUACAGGAGCUCCCAUUAUCUAGUGAUAGAAGCCUGAUUCGAGCUACUUGGAAAUAAGACAACAUAGAGAGCGUUCCGACCAAUCGCAUUCGAGAAAUAAAUCAGUCGCAAUAAUCCCAUAGUUGUAUUUAUCCCGGUUAUACUUACAUGCAAUUAACCAAACCUUAUUAAAUUUUUAUAUUGUUACAGGAAUAUAAUUAUGAGAUCUAAGCCCCUAAUCUCUUUAAUGAGCUUUUUCUUGAUUAUAUUUAAUUAUUAUUCCCUAUGUAUUACUUGCUUUUGGUAGUAAUAUUUAAUUUAUAAAUAAAAUUAACAAUUACAAUUAUUAAAAAAAUAUCCAUCACAAAAAAUACAUAAUUGUCCCUGUCAUUUUUUAUUAAUUUAAUUUAAUUUCGACAAGUUUGUUUAAAUGCGUCACUCGUGUAUAACUACUAUUAUUGAUAUUUAUGAUAAUAGCUAUAAUUAAGUUGUAAAUACUAUGAUAGUUAUUGUAAAAUAUAUUACCAAUACUUUGACUAGGCAAGCAAAGACUGACUUGGUGUAUUAUUAUUAAGAUAAUGUGUAUUGAUAUUAUUUAAGUUGUAUUUACUUCCAUUAUUAAAUAAAAUGCAUAUUAUUUACAAAAA